GCUCCCUAAUUCUAGUUCCUAUAUAGUAGUCCAUACAACACCAUCGCACACUAUCGCAAAAUACACACGAAGGCCUGCAGACAUCGAACAAUCACACACAGUGCCGGCCAUGGGGUUCGAGGUGCGGAGGACGAGCCGGUCGUACGUGCGCCCGGCCGCGGCGACGCCGGCGGGCUCGCUGGAGCUGUCCGCCAUUGACCGCGUGGUGGGGCUGCGCCACAUGGUGCCGUCGCUGAACGUGUACCCGCCGCGCGGCUGCGGCACCGCCGCCGGCGAGGGGCAGCUGCAGCAGCAGUCCCCGGCGACCGUGGUCCGGGAGGCGCUGGGGAAGGCGCUGGUGGACUACUACCCGCUCGCCGGGCGGCUCGUCGGCGGGCCCGGCGGGCCGGCGAGCGCCCGCGUGGAGUGCACCGGCGAGGGCGCGUGGUUCGUGGAGGCCGUCGCCGGGUGCAGCCUGGAGGACGUCGGGCGCCUCGAGAAGUACCCGUUCGCCAUCCCGGAGGGCGACCUGCUCCCGGACGAGGCGCCUGGUGUGCAGCCACUCGACCUCCCUCUCAUGAUGCAGGUGACCGAGUUCACGUGCGGUGGCUUCGUGGUGGGGUUGACCUCCAGCCACUCCAUCACUGACGGCCUGGGCGCUGCGCAGUUCAUCACCGCCAUUGGCGACUACGGCCGCGGUCUCCCCAAGCCCCGUGUCACUCCCAUCUGGUCCCGCGGCGAGCUCAUCCCAAACCCGCCCAAGAAGCUCCUCUCCGGCCCUCUUCCCACGCCGCGGACGUUCCAACUCCGGCACCUCACCGUGGACCUGAGCUCCGACAGCAUCGAGCGUGCCAAGUCCCAGUUCCUGCAGUCCACGGGGCGGCGCUGCUCCACCUUCGACGUCGCCGUCGCCAGGCUGUGGCAGGCGCGGACGCGGUCGCUGCGGCUCGCGGACCCGUCGACGCGCGUCAGCCUCGGCUUCUUUGCCGACGCGCGCCGCCUCCUGCGCCGCCGCGGCGGCGGCGGCGGCGGCGCCGGGUUCUACGGCAACUGCUUCUACACGGUGACGGUGAGCGCGGAGAGCGGCGCGGUGGCGGGCGCGGACACGGCCGGCGUGGUCGCCAUGAUCCGGGACGCCAAGGCGCGGCUCCCCGCCGAGUUCGCGCGGUGGGCGGCGGGGGAGCGCGUGGAGCCGGACCCCUACGACCUGAGCUUCUCGUACGAUUUGCUGUUCGUGUCGGACUGGACCCGCCUGGGGUUGGAUGCCGACUACGGCUGGGGGACGCCGUCGCAGGUGAUAUCCUUUGCGUUCGUCCCGUUCAUGCCCAAAGCCAUUAUCGGCGCGCCGCCGGCGCCCAAGGCGGGGGCAAGGAUCAUGACACGGUGCGUCGAGGAGGAGAACUCGCCGGAGUUCAGGGACGAGAUGGAAGCAUUCUAGAACUCACACCACUAUGCAUGCUUUGAUAUAGGGGGUGCUCUGAUGAUAUAUGAGGACGCUCUGAUACAAGUGGUCAAAUUUGAAGUCAAAAAAUCAAACGAAAUAUAAUUUGAAACGGAGAGAGUACUACCUCAUGCUCGUUGACAUUGUAUCUCAUGUCCAGCAUUGCUUGUGGACUUGUGGUUGUGGUGUAGUGGUUAGAGGUGGUCCAAGAUUUUGAACUAUAAAAUCUAAGGGCCGGAUCCUAAAAGGACUGGACUCUAAUAUAAUAUAAUUUUAAACUAAUAAAUUAAAGGAUCUUGUUGGUCUGUGAAGAGACACUAGGGUCAUGGCACAUUACCACCCCUAGUAGUGGUACGUGCGUGAUGCACAUACGCUUCAUCAUGCGCUAGUGUUUUGGCUGGUUUGGGCUGUAUCUUGGGCAUUGUAAUGAGAUACAGUUUGUAAUAAGAUACGGUUUGUACCGAGGUCUAUUUAUGGCUUUAUUAAA